CUUGAUUCGAUGCAGUAUUCCGACUAGUUCCUGAUGUUGCAUCCAGCUAAGCUCUACUUUCCAUCUUUUUUGAAGCUUUAUUCUGCUUGUCGUUUAGAUAUCUUGGGAAAAUACUACCUAUAUUUUGGGUAUGUUUGGUUUACGCCUCCACCUGCGCCUUCUAACUCCUGGCGCGGACAAAAUUUUGGCGGAGGAUUCCUCUGCCCUCAUUUCGCCCAUGUUCGGCAAAAAAAUUCACAGCAGUGUGUAUGCUGGGCUGGGCUAGCCAACCUUUUGUGGCCAAUCAAACAGCAGCCGUAGAGACUCAGGCGCACCAUUAUUUGGUAGGUCCAGCAUUGGCUGGGAGCCAAAUAUACCCUUUGAGAGGGUCUGCAACGUGUUACUUGUACAGUUGUAUUUAUCACCAAUAAGGAAGAUCUUAUGUCUCCCUAUAAAUUCCCCAUCCAUUUUUUUCCAGGCAUAUGAGGAACUUAAAAUGUGCACAUGUUCUCUCUAUUUUGUUCUAAACCAUUUAUGCUUUGCACUUUAAUGCCACAUCUUGUUCUCUGUGAAACCAAAAUUCUUACAAAAUUGCAGAAACGUUAACAAGAGAGCUCCGAAGUACUAGCUAGCAUAUCACAACUGAGAGUGACAGGUAAAUUUGGGCAAGCAAGAUGGCUCUCUCAUCAGUUUUCAGGCGAGUAAAUGUCAAAGAACUGAUCUCAAGUGUUCCGGCGUACACUAGCACAGCAGAGGCUUCUGGAGGACUGAGUUUGGUUUUUAGGCGUUGGGCCACCAAAAAGACUGCUGGAUCAACAAAAAAUGGCCGCGACUCUAACCCCAAGUAUUUGGGUGUUAAGAAAUUUGGUGGAGAGAAAGUAGAACCAGGAAACAUCAUCGUUCGCCAAAGAGGAACCCGCUUCCAUCCUGGGAACUACGUUGGAAUGGGCAAGGACCACACUCUCUUCUCCUUGAAGGAAGGCCACGUGAGGUUCGAGCGGAAUAAGCUGACUGGUAGGAAAUGGAUUCAUGUGGAACCUGCAGCUGGCCACACUCUCCACCCUGUCUAUGCCACCGCAGCUGAUACGGAGCAACUUCAGUAGCGCUCUGUCCAUGGUUUGCAGUAACAUGUCGCUGAUAGCUUCCUGGGAAGGCUUUGCUGUUUUGCUUCGGCUCGGAUACCUUCAGUCAAUGAACUUCUUUCAACGAAGAUGAUCCUAGGUCUGGAUAAUUGCAAUAAGUAGCAACUUCAGCAUGUUUCUGAUGCAUUUUGAGUAUCCAUUCUGCACUUACAUGUGUAUAUUUUAGUCUGAUUAGCUGCAAUGAGUAGGUCAUAUGCUGCUUUUCUCUGAAAUCAUCAGUGUUACUUCCAGUCGUUCCGUUCUCCAAGUUUGCCUA